AGCGAGAGAAAUCGAGAGAAAGAGAGAGAGAGAGCUCGACUUAGAGGGUAGUUUUCUUCUCUCUGUUUUUCUAUCUCUCUCGAAAGCCAGAAAUCUAGAACUAAUAAGAUCACCGCCCUAACGAAAAAGAAACUGCCAAAAUCUUUAAUGAAGGGACAAAGGUUUUGUUAGGACGCUAGAAUAACCACCAUGUUAAUUAAUACACGAAAGAUUAACCUUCCUUCUCCCUUGCAUUUUGCUCCAUGAAUCGUUAUCAUCAUUCCAUUUCUUCAAAUAAAGUUUUCAAUAAAAUAAUAGGGGAAUUAGAACUCUUAAUCUUAUCUUCAUUGUACGAGAAAUAACCAUGCGGUGGAUACACCUUACGUUUACCAAAGACAAAGACAAAAACAACUAUUACGCUUCUUCUUCUUCUUCCUCCUCCUCUUCUUCUUCUCCCGUCGUUGAAAACCACAAGAAAACAUGGCGGUUCCGCAGCGGGAACAAGAAGCGUCUCAACAACGAUGGAAAGUCUGGUAACAUUUACAAGAAGCAUGUUGACGUGGAAGAGGAGGCUGCCUUGGCGAUCACGACCACCUCUCCUUCCGGCAUUCGCACCACAUCCACCUCCUCCUCUGCGUCAGCGUCUUCCUCCGCCAUGCCUCUCCCGUUGCCGUUGCCGCAGCGUGAUGCAGAAUCUCGCCAACCGUCACCUGUGAGAACCUCCAGCGGCGCUAGCUCCAAUGGCUAUCGAUCCGCGGAGGAUCGGGAUCAAACUGAUGCUGCGGCAGCUGUCAACGGUUCAUCCUUCACGGGCUUCAAGAUGAGGAGUGUUUUUGCUAGCAACAGAGACACAAGGCGGAAGGCUGAUCAGGUAGAAAAUCGCUUGUCACCGAGAUCUCAAGAAAACUAUUGCUUAAGCCACUCCGGUAGGAGUGGUUCGAGUAGUCCCUUUGCAAGUCCCAAGAUCAGUCCGUGUAGCACAGAUGAUUUCGUGCCAUAUCAUUAUGUGGCUCCAAAAGGAAACCAAUUCUGGUCUGCGCCUGAGAUAACUAAUUCAGAAUCAUCCAUUCAUCCAAUCUUUGAUUUAUCGGGGUCUGGCCCCGAAACCUCGCCAAAGGGAAGACCUCAGCUACUCCAUGUUAAGAGCUCAAGUGGACCUCCAUCACCCUUGCACGGCGGCAUGAUGAAUGAGACUGCAUCAGCGCGCCGGGCUGAAGGUAAUUCUGUCAGUGUCCACCGUUUACCCCUGCCUCCCAUGCCCAACUCACCUACCCUAACCGCUGCAACUACCUACUCCCACGCCGCGGGGAGAUCAGAAUCUUUGCCAAUGAAAAGCCAAUGGAAGAAAGGGAAACUUAUUGGUCGUGGCACGUUUGGAAGUGUUUAUGUUGGCACUAAUAGAGAAACUGGAGCAUUGUGUGCUGUGAAAGAAGUAGAAUUAUGUCACGAGGAUCCAACUUCCAUAGAGUCUAUAAAGCAGUUAGAGCAGGAAAUUAAAGUUCUUAGCCAACUGAAACAUCCAAAUAUUGUGCAGUACUAUGGUAGUGAAGUAGUUGAAGACAAAUUCAAUAUUUAUCUGGAAUAUGUACAUCCUGGUUCAAUUAAUAAAUAUGUCCGCGACCAUUGUGGCGCCAUAACAGAAUCGGUCGUUAGAAAUUUUACUCGCCAUAUUCUUUCGGGGUUGGCAUACUUGCAUAGCAAGAAAACAAUUCAUAGGGACAUUAAAGGGGCUAAUUUGCUUGUCGAUUCGGCAGGAGUUGUCAAACUUGCUGAUUUUGGAAUGUCAAAGCAUCUUAAUGGAUAUGAAGGUAAUCUCUCUUUGAAGGGAAGUCCAUAUUGGAUGGCUCCAGAGCUUAUGCAGACUGUUGUUAUGCAUAAGGAUAACAACUCGGAUCUAGCUUAUGCUACUGAUAUUUGGAGCCUCGGUUGUACAAUCAUUGAAAUGUUCAAUGGGAAGCCUCCAUGGAGCGAGUUCGAAGGAGCUGCAGCAAUGUUUAAGGUUAUGAAAGAUACCCCGCCUAUACCGGAAACAUUGUCAUCCGACGGCAAAGAUUUCUUGAGGUGCUGCUUUAGAAGAAAUCCGGCAGAGCGACCUACUGCUGCAAUGUUACUCGAACAUCGAUUUUUGAAGAACUCUCAACCGAUGGAUGUUACACCUUCCACUCAAUUGUACAAUGGAACAACAAUCAUGGAUAAAACUCUAGGUCCUCAUAGUCCCACAGGGCAUCUAGAAAAUAUACCAGAUCAGAUAUCUAUCUCGUGCGAGAAGAUUGCGAAGUUGAAAGCUGCAGAGCGGCGAGGAAUUCUUAUUCCUAGCUUGGAUAUCUUGCCAGCAUACCAAAGACAAUAACUAGUUAGCUACAUCGUGUCCUUGAUCUUUCGCUCUUCGUCGCACGUCCCCUGUAGCUCAACCCCUUAAGCAUGAUUUUUUUAUGUGCUGGUAUUGAGCAAAUAUCUCACAAUGUAGCUUCUGCAUAACAUCACUAAAAUAUAUGGAGAAGGAAAAGAGAAAAUGGUUACUUGCUUCUAUUGAGGUUCUUCAUCAAGAUUAUCACUAAAGAGUGAUGUUGCUUCUAGAAGAAGGUAUGUUGCAUGCAAACAGAUCAUAGUAGCAGUUUUUGUAUUAUAGUAAUGUUUAUGCUUGACUUAGAAGAUUGCAGCAAUUAACCUUCUAAGCAAAGGGAAUAAUUCUCCCUCCAUCAGCAUUACAAUGAAUUGAAUAUGUAAAUAUAAUUAGGAUACACCUUCCUAGUUUUGAUGGGGAUUGUGAUUAUGAUAUGGGAGGGGCAGUGUAUGUUAGUCAACUCCAGUUGUGUUAUAUUUUUAAUAAUGUUACUUGAA